UAACCAACGCAAAUCCCAUCCACCUCCACCCACCCAUCCAUCGCUUCUACAGUUCACGUCUGCUAAAUGCUAAUCCUCCCCCUCCCAUAAAUAGCCUCGUCACCUUCAGGUUCUUCGAUUUUAAUUUGAGAGUAGGGAUCGGGAUAGUGCGGGAGGAGCAGUGAGGAAUCGAUGGAAGGCGGCCGCGAGAUGAAGCACCUGGUGAAGGUGGAGGGGGGGCGGGAGGCGGUCGAUGGCCGCCCCUCCGUCGGACCCGCCUACCGCAGUGCCUUCGCCAAGGAGGGCUUCCCCCCGCCCGUCCCCGGCAUCCACUGCUGCUGGGACAUCUUCCGCUUGUCUGCUGAGAAAUUUCCCGGGAACAACAUGCUUGGCCGUCGCGAGGUCGUGAAUGGGAAGGCGGGUAAGUAUGUCUGGAUGACUUAUAAAGAGGUGUAUGACACUGUCAUCAAACUCGGGGCUUCCAUCAGGAGCUGUGGGAUCGAGCAGGGUGGUCGUUGUGGUAUAUAUGGUGCUAAUUCUUCUGAGUGGGUUAUUAGUAUGGAGGCUUGCAAUGCUCAUGGAAUUUACUGUGUUCCUUUGUACGACACACUUGGUGCUGGUGCAGUAGAAUUUAUUUUAUGCCAUGCAGAGGUUCAGAUUGCUUUUGUAGAAGAAAAGAAGAUAGCAGAGGUGCUGAAAACUCUUCAUAAUUCCUCCAAAUUUUUGAAAACAAUUGUUAGCUUUGGUAAGGUCACCCCUAAAGAAAAAGAAGAAGUUGAAAACUCUGGCUUGGCAAUAUUUGAAUGGGAUGAGUUCUUGUGCUUGGGAUGUGAUACACAAUUUGAUCUUCCUGUAAAGAAGAUGGAUGAUAUAUGCACAAUUAUGUAUACCAGUGGCACAACCGGUGACCCCAAGGGUGUAUUGAUAUCAAACAAGAACAUAAUUACUCUCAUCUCCGGUGUAGAUCGACUUCUUCUUUCUGUGAAUGAGCAGUUGCAUGAAGAUGAUGUUUAUAUAUCAUAUCUUCCCCUUGCACAUAUAUUUGACCGAGUUAUUGAGGAGAUGUUCAUUUACUGUGGGGCUUCAAUAGGAUUUUGGCGCGGAGAUGUCAAAUUAUUGGUAGAAGAUAUUGGUGAAUUGAAACCAACAGUCUUUUGUGCUGUUCCUCGAGUGCUUGACCGCAUUUAUUCAGGGCUGCAGGCCAAGAUUUCAUCAGGGGGCAUACUGAAGAAGACAUUAUUUAACCUCUCAUAUAAAUAGUAAGUUAUUUUCUUUUUAUGGCACUAAUAUGAUUCUCCUUUUUGAGUAUACAUUUAGACCAUCUUGUAACUGUACAUGUGACUCACCAUAUACUGUUCACAGAAAGGCUCCUCAAUCCAUCUCGAGCUUUUUCAUUACACCUCUCUCUCCAAUCUUCAAUCAAAUUUGCAUUCUCCAGCUUUAAAAUGGAUGCACAAACAAUCAAGGACUUUUGACUGUUCUUUUUUUCUUUGCGCC